ACCGAUUCUUCUGCAAGAGAAGAACAUAUACAAAAGUUAUCUGCCAAUGAAUCGUCAACUGUUCCGUGGACGCUUCGCCGGAUACCACUACUGGCAUUAGUCGCAUUUCUCGUCGCUCUCAUCAUUGCACUCGAGGUCCUUCAUUUCUUAUCGAACAAGAAUCAAGGCUUGGUGACCUCAACACAAGAUGCGUCGUAUCUCUGGAAAUACCUCCCAACUGCAAAGCUCAAUGUCGGAGAGGCUUUAUCACACACUUUCGGGUUCCACGACGCUUCCGCUCUUAUCCUUGUCGAACUGAGGACCUCGCUAUACUGUACCCUUCGGCGUGGUUCUAAUUGUUUAUCAUANGUACUGACUGCCCUCGCAAUCUACUGGAAUAAACUCGACUACCAUACCAAAGCACUCAUGCCAUGGAAGCUCAUGUCUGAGAAGCCACACUCGGCUGGUGAGAGCCUACUCCUAGACUAUGUCUCUGGUAACUUUUUGGCCGUGCUUUCAGGAUCUAUACGCAACCGACACCUGCCUGUGAUUACGUCUACCCUCGGUUCCCUGACCAUCAUCCUCGUCACCGUAUUUUCUACAGGCCUAUUCGUCUUAUCACCGACUACUAUUCACGAGAGUACAACAUUAUCAGUGCUGAGUACCUUUGAUGGAAACAAAUUCAACGCUAGCGAGGUCGACAGCUUUCCGGUCCUGGCUGUGUCCAGCAUCUUGUCAGGCAACUUGUCAAUCGCUUAUCCCCCGAGCACAGAUUUAGAUUACGCUGUGGAUACUUUCAGUCUACCUACUGUUCUGAAGGGUCCAGGCGCAUCGAAAGCAGCGGUUGUUGAAACAUACCGUGCAAAUCUGGAUUGCAAACUCGGCUCCGUCAACUCGACCUCGGCUACAGUCAGUGUGUACAAUUGGAUUAUCGAAGCUGAUGUGAUGGACGAUGAUUGUUCAACUGGUCUGACUCAUAUUGCGAGUCCUGAGCUAUAUGAGAGUGGAGAAAGAAAAGUUAUGCCGGUUGGCAGAGUGAUCGUUAGACAGUGUCCAGGGGCCAGUCAGCCAAAACUUUUCGUCUUCUUCGGCCAGGUCGACGCAGGUGCGCCAAGGGAUAUGAAUGCUAACCACCAAGUGACCGUGUAUGCGUUCAAUUCUACGGUAUUGGUCUGCACGCCGAACCAUGCGUUCCGAGAAGCUCUUGUGACAACAGAUACCACAGGAGCAGUGAUCAGUGUUGAGGUACAGAAGGAGUUGGAUAAAUCAAUCGUAUCCCCAUGGGAUCUUUGGUCGGCUUUCAACACUUCUCUCCAGGCUGCAUCACCGACACUGUUAGAAGGACCUUACCUUCGCGAGUAUACGCAUGGAAGCUACUCAUAUGACGGGUUCGUGGCAGUGCUCCUGGCGACGUGGUCGCGACGACCAGCAGAAUAUCUCGACCCCAAGAAUCUUAUGCAGGACUCGCAACGCUUUUUCACCACGACCGCUGGUCAGAUCGCAGACAGGUUUCUAAGAGCAAACUCAACAAACACCGCCACGGGGAGCUACAGAACAACUCAACUUCGAGUCAUACUUCCAGAUACCGCCCUUCGCAUCACCGAAGCUGGACUUGCAAUGCUGGUCAUAUGUGCCUGUCUUUUGGUAAUAUUCUCUCCCUGCCCACCUUUUUUCGAGNNCGCCGGCACUUCGCUAGCCUCUCUGUCUGUUGUGUUGCAUGGAAGUGACCAGCUCAAGACUCGCUUAUGUGGUACCGGAGAAAUGUCUUUGGGUCAUGUCAAAGAAUGUCUUUCGGACCGGACGUUCUCUUCAAACAGUCACGGGUCGGGAGAGCCACAUUCAAUACAGAUUCACCAGUCUGAGAAUGCUCUGCGAUCCUAUUCCGCCCUCGCUACAGAGAUCACCACGUGGUGGAGGCCGGUAGCAUUCUCCAUGUCCAUGAGGAUUGCUGUG